GCGAGGCAGAAAUCACUGCAACUCCUCGGUUCAGGCUGAAGUCGCCACAGCUGCGCGGAUGAACGCGCUGCAGCGGCGCUUUCCCCCGCGGGCGCAGCGCGGGAAGGGAUGGGAUCGGAUCUGUGCUAGUGGUCUGGGCGGCGGGAAAGGCGCGCUAGAGGCCCCGGUUCAAGACACAAACCCGUGAGCUCCUUUGCGCUGAACCCACUCGAAGUGCCGGAUUCAGAAGCAGAUCAUGGUAGAGCACCCGCAAGACCUGACUUUGGCCAUGUGGGUAUCUUGUGCUGAGGUUUGGAUGAAACAUCUUGUUCUGGAGGCGGUGAAGUCCCAUGACCUGGAUGCCAGCUAAUUUGUUUCCUGGUGCCAGUGGGUAAAUGUAUUCAUCGGGGUUCUCCGGAGAAACAGACCAGUAGAAGUUCCACUAUCUGCCAUCUGCAAGCUAGAGACUUGGAAAAGCCACCAUAUUUUCUUGAGGGCAAGAAAAGAUGAGACAUCCCAGCUCAACAGUGAGGGGUGAAGGGAAGGGGAGAAUUCCUCCUUCCUCCACUUUUUGUUCAGAAAGGUCCUCAAGGGAUUGAAUGAUGCCCAUCCUCUUUGGAGAGGGCAAUCUGCUGUACUGAAUCCAGCAAUUCAAAUGCUAAUCUCAUUCAGAAAUACCCUCACAGACAGACCUAGAAAUAAUGUUUAAUCUGGGCAGCCCAUGGCCAGUGAAACUGACACAUAAAUAUUAGUUAAUAUUAGUUAAUAUUAACAAUAGUGACAAUGAUAUAAUCACUAGUCUAAUUACUUUGGAAAUUUUUUAUUUUUAUGCCUUGGUAUCUGUCAUUUUCAGAUGUUUUAUGUAAGGCACUUCUAUUUCAGGAGCCCUUCAGCCAGGCCUGCUUUCCACACUGAUAUCUCAGUCUUGCUUUCUGUUGGAAAGCAUGGCAUAUUCUCCAAACUCAUAAAACUAUAUUUGAAAGUUAUGUGUGAGUACACUGAAUCCUAGGCAUCAGAUGAUUCCACCAUGGAAAAUCAUGUGUAUGGGAAGCCCAGCUGAAAAUUUCUCAAUUCAGUAAACAUUUUAUAUCAUGAAUCUUGAGUGUAGGAAAAAACUCUUGCUUCCAUAGUUAAUUUUACUUAAAAUGUGAACACAAUAGUGCAUUUUAACCUAGCAAAAGCAAAAUUAAGUUUUUUGUAACUCUAUUGUAUUUUUUAUAAAAUGAAAGUUAAAGGCAGUCAUUUAUUUCUCCACAUUUGUGUAAAGUGUAAUUAUUAAUUUUGAAUGUUGAGCCCUCCAAAUUAAAAUAGAAAGUUGUAGCUUACAGACUGAAAAUUCACCAGUCCCAGAUACCUAAAUAGUGCAGUUGUUGCUUUUGGUUGAAGUGAAGAUUGUUGUGAUUUCAACAUUCUUCCAGGUUAUGAUUUGGUGAAAAGUCUGCAGGGCAAAAAGUGGAACAUGGUCAAUAGACUGAGAGAAGUGAGACAACUGAUAGUACCUGCAGAAAAUGAAACUUCCAACCUCAAUAAUUUAGGUGUCUGAAUGCUUUCACAGUGCUUAUUCUGCCAUCCAGGACUUGGUGGCUGUUCUUUUCAAAGUAAAGAUAUCUUGUGCCUUAUAGGACUACAUACAGCUUAACAAAAAUAUGUGAUUAUAAAGCUUGCCUUCCUAGAAGGUAUUAGUAACUGAAAAUAUAUGAGAUUUCAAUUUAAAGUGCCACCAACACAUGUUAUAAAUUAUAUACACCCCUGUGUGUACAUACACUUGUAUACACAGUGCUUUGAGGAAAUAUAUGUACAUCUUGUGAUUUGAGAGAGUUUCGUGACUCAUAUCCCUCAUGUCUCCAGAGCAUUUAGCAAAAACGUUUGUUGUGGACUGAAUGUUUAUGUUCCCUGCAAACUUAUAUGUUGAAGCCCUAAUCCUCAGCAUGAUAAUAGUUGGAGAUGGGGCGUUUGGGAGAUGAUUAGGUUAAAAGAGUGAAAGUGGUCGUGAGGGCAGAACCCUCAUGAUGGUAUUAGUGCCUUUCUAAGAGACCACAGAGCUUUCUCUCUCUUUUUCUCUCUGUCCUGCAUGUGAGGAUACCGCAAGAAGUCACCUGUCUACAAAUCAAGAAGGAGGCCCUCCCUCACCAAGAACCCAAUCUGCUGGCACCUUGACCUUGGACUUCCCAGUCUCAGAACUAAAAUGAAAACACUAGCAGAAAGGAGGAGGAGUGCUCCAUCUCUAAUUCUGGAUAAAGCACUACAAAAACGGCCUAGUACCAAGGAAAGUCCUUCUGCUAGCAUGGACACAUGUGCAAUUCUAUCAUCAUUUGUGUGCUCCAAUAGGACUCUGCUAAUUGAUGGCCGGGUAGAACUCAAAAGAGGCCUGCAGAGGCAGGAGCGGCAUCUAUUCCUGUUCAAUGAUCUGUUUGUUGUGGCCAAAAUCAAAUAUAACAACAACUUUAAGAUAAAAAAUAAAAUUAAAUUAAGUGAUAUGUGGACAGCAAGCUGUGUGGAUGAAGUGGGAGAAGGCAACACCAAUGCCAUGAAAUCAUUUGUCUUGGGCUGGCCCACAGUGAACUUUGUGGCCACUUUCAGUUCUCCUGAACAGAAGGACAAAUGGCUCUCUCUUCUUCAGAGAUACAUCAAUCUAGAGAAAGAGAAGGACUAUCCGAAGAGCAUUCCCCUCAAAAUCUUCGCCAAGGACAUUGGGAAUUGUGCCUAUUCUAAAACUAUAACAAUAACGAAUUCAGAUACAGCAAAUGAAGUUAUCAACAUGUCACUACCAAUGCUAGGGAUAACUGGCUGUGAGAGAGAUUACCAGUUAUGGGUCAAUUCUGGCAAAGAAGCGGCUCCAUAUCCACUUAUUGGGCAUGAAUAUCCCUAUGGAAUUAAAAUGAGCCAUCUUCGAGACACUGCACUCCUGACACAGUUAUCAAAGGACCCCAGCAGCCCUUCCAACCUCCAGGAGCCCUUCCUCAUGGACCAGCUGCCCCGAGAGAUGCAGUGCCAGUUCAUCCUGAAGCCCAGCCGCCUGGCUGCAGCCCAGCAGCAACUGAGUGAUUCGGGUCAGAAGACAUUUAAAAGGAGAAGAUCUAUCAUAAACUGGGCCUUUUGGCGGGGUUCUAGCACUCACCUGGAUAACUUGUCCCUGUCACCAACAUCUCCUGGGCCAGGACAGCUCUUUGGAAUGUCUCUGCCAAAUAUUUGUGAAAAUGACAAUCUGCCCAGACCUGUCUUGGAUAUGCUUAGCUUUCUUAAUCAAAAAGGACCCCUCACAAAAGGCAUCUUCAGACAAUCAGCCAAUAUGAAAUCUUGCAGAGAGCUGAAAGAGAAACUGACUUCUGGAGUUGAAGCACACCUAGACUGUGAAUCCAUUUUUGUAAUAGCGUCUGUCUUAAAGGAUUUCCUACGAAAUAUUCCAGGAAGUAUUUUUUCAUCAGAUCUCUAUGAUCAGUGGAUCUGUAUAAUGGAUCAAGGAAAUGAUGAAGAGAAAAUAAAUACAAUUCAAAGGCUGUUAGACCAACUUCCAAGAGCCAAUGUUGUUCUCCUAAGGUAUCUUUUCGGGGUCUUACACAACAUUGAGCAACAGUCCUCAUCCAAUCAGAUGACUGCGUAUAAUUUAGCAGUGUGUAUUGCUCCGAGCAUUCUUUGGCCUCCUACUGCCUCCAGCCCGGAACUAGAAAAUGAAUUCACAAAAAAGGUUUCUCUGCUUAUUCAAUUUCUGAUUGAAAAUUGCUGUAGAAUAUUUGGAGAAGAAAUCACUUCCCUCUUAGGAGAGGUUUCAGUGAGAUGUGAUACUAGAGAGAAUGCCUCAGAUAUCUCUUGCUUCCAAAUGAACGAUUCCUCCUAUGACAGCUUAGAAAAUGAGCUGAACGAAGACGUUGAUGCUCCGUGUAGUGACCUGGUAAAGAAACUUGGUCAGGGGAGCAGAAGCAUGGACUCUGUCUUAACCCUUAGUGACUAUGACCUUGACCAGCCUGAGGUGGAAGGUCUUUUAACCCUGAGCGACUUUGACUUAGAUUGUUCUAAACAUGAAGACAUUCAAAUGGAACGGCCUCUGGAAUCCAAGCCAGGGACCGUCACAGAACUGUAUAGAAAGGCUGCACUGCAGGACCACACCAGGGCCCCAUCUGCCACGAGCACACCCCGCUACCUAUCCACAGCGGCCGCAGAUGCUCCAAAAAGCCUGAGGCGACACCGGCGCUGCUCGGAGCCCAGCAUCGACUACCUAGACUCUAAGCUUUCCUAUCUCAGGGAGUUUUACCAGAAAAAGCUACGCAAGUCCAGCUGUGAUGCAAUUCUCUCACAAAAAGAUGAGGACUAUCUGAAGCAGAAUCAGCCCCUACAGGAAGAGGGCAAGACGUGUUCUAAGCAGAGUUUACUCACAGGCACUGAUGUCAAGAAAAAUGCCACUAAUAAAAAUGUUAAGAAGAAAAGCUUGUCUGGUAGUGAAGGAAAUCAUGGGAAACUUUUCCCUAAAUCCAAGCCAGUGGCCAUUUCUGUGGCAUCUUUCAGUCACAUGUCCUCACGUGACCAUCCCGGGAACCGGCCCUUUGACUCAGACGCGUCCGGAUCCUCCCGGCCACAUACAGCCGAGGCCAUCAAGAGCUCAAGGAGGCACCGGCGCUGCUCAGAGCCCAGCAUGGAGGACCAGCACUGCAAACUGAGCUAUCUCAGGGGGUUUUAUUCAAAGAAACAACACAAAGCCAGCUAUGAAGCCGGACACUUGCAUGCGGAGGAGGAUUAUCUCAAGCGGCACAAGUCUUUGCAAAUGGAGGGGCAGAAGCUCAUAAACCAGAGUUUGGUCCUGGGGAUCGAGGUGGGCAAGAGCAGUGCCACAAACCCAAACACUGAGAAGUGUAUACCCUCAAGAUUAAACAUUUGCCCCAGGACUAGCUAUUCCAGCUUGUCCUCCCCAGGCACGUCCCCAUCUGGCUCAUCAGUGAGCUCCCAAGACAGUGCAUUCUCUCAGAUUUCUGAACACUCUGUGUUUACACCCACUGAAACUUCUUCUCCAAUAGAUUGCCCUUUUCAGGCUCAAAUAAAACAGGAAGAACUUUCUCCUGACUUCUGUGGUUCCAGCCUCAUUUCUGAAAUGCCCGGUCCCUCAUCUGGGCAGGCCAGCAGCCACCUGGCUUAUACAAAAAAGGACCCUGUAAAGUGGCAUUCACAAAUGCAUUCCGUAACUCUUCACCCCAGCACAUGGUUGAGGAAUGGUGUGGCCAGUUUGAAAAACUGGUCCCUCAAAAGCAAAGCAAAGGCAUCCAAACCAGAGGAAAAGAAAACUGGUUUUCUGAAGGGACCCACGGAGCCACCUCCACUCGCUUCUGGUGUUCCAGAAGCCAACUCCCUGCAAGAAAAACAGAAAGAUGUGCCCCUAAGGGUAGCGGAAGGACUUGGCACUGUGCACACAGCCCAGUGGCAUAGCUCUUAUCCCAGCCAGGACUCAGAGAAACACUGUAGCUCUCCCUUCAGCCUAGUGGAAGACAGACUCAAGCUUUGCACAAAGUCACACGAGGAAGGAGAGAACAGUGGGCAGUGCUCUCCUGGUACUCUGCCUCGUUCAACAUCCUCACCCAGCUCUUUGACUGUGGAUGAUGUGUCCAGCCCAGACCCAGGGUCUACAGUAGUGUGUGAUGUUGGGGACAGACAUCCAACCAAAGACAUUUAACCACAAUAAGAAUCUGAUGUCUAUGGGAACAGAAACUGGGCUAAUCAUGACAUAAAGACAAGAAUUAUUAUGACCCCUUUGUAUAAAAUACCUGGGAUGGGUAGCAUAAAGAUCAUCAUCGUUAAUACUUAGAUAACAAAAGAAUUCUCUCUAUUGAGACCAUUUGGCAAAAAGUUUAAACAAUUUCACCACCUAAAUGUUUGGGAGGCUUUUCCUUAUUAGAGCAUGGGAUUGGUCCUGUCGUAUGUUUUUAGAGAUACCAGCAGAGGGAUAGAGAAAGCAUCUUCUGUAGAGGAAACAUGCCUUCUAUAAGACUAGUACCCUGAGAAGGUCAGGAUACCAUAUGUGAAGAAUAAGGACUGUGGAGAGGGGGGCCGGGUGCAGAGAAACCAUCCACAUUUUAUGGAGUAUUUUUAAUUAGUAGGCAAGGAAAAUGCCACUGAUCAAAGCAUUAGGAAGAAAAACAUACCCAAUAAUGAAGGAAAUCAUGUGAAGUAUUUCCCUGAAUCCAAGCCAGUGGCCAUUCCUGUGACAUCUUGUAGUCACAUGCCCUCACAGGAUCCUUCCAGGAACCAGCCCAUUGAUGUCGCUCGACUGGAAAAAACUAGAGUGAUUCAAGAGCCAUGAGUACCAUGAUAUGUUUGUUUGUUGGUUGUGUUGGUUGGUUUGUUUUCCCAUUAGUGUUGCAUUGCUCUCUAGAAAACAGAGCUGUGAAGAAAAAGAAGGCAAGGGUUACUCAUCUCAGUGUCCUUUCCCAAGGUACCUGUGCUAGCUACGAACAUUGUCCAGAAAAGGAACCUUUCCUACUAGAAGAUGACUUCUGACAGCAUUCACUCUCAGAGUGUGGAAGACUGCAACAGUCCUUCUCUAUUACACGAAUGCUAUUGCCAACAUACGAUCAAAGCCUGGCUCCUCUUUGCCAAAAUGUUUUUCUGCAGCCCUGAAAAAAUUACUGAUAAAGCAUCCUUUUUCUGAUUAUCAAUUGGCAGUGGAGAGAACAAUUUAGAGGUUAGUAGGUUAUAGAGUUACGGAGUAGAAUACCUACCAAAGUGGUUGUCAGGCCUUCUUCUGAGCCGUUCGCUUUGGAUUUCCUUAUCUCCUGAAGUUUUUACAUAUUUUUAUCCCAGAUGAUUCAUGGUUUGCCCCAUUGGUUUAUUUCAUAUCCAUGGACAUGUCUCCUCUCUCUUGCUUUAAAGGUUAUGCUGGUACACCUCUUGGAUUAUCUCCAUGGGUUACUAGACCUUGCCAGCCAGUAUGAAGGGAUAGAAUCAAAAAUGGAUGUGCAUCUUCCUUCAUUUUAACUGCUUAUAAGAAGUUGCUUAGGACCCAUUGGGUCUCUUUAGUCCACCAUCAGAUUGUCCUCUCUCCCACAAAAUAGCUUAUUCCAAAUUCUUUUUCUGAGCCACCAGUAAACUUUCAUGUCAAAUAUUAUUUCCCUGUUGUCCUAAAGGUUGCAUUUUUCAGUUAUAGAAAAAAAUAAUGUUUUCUGUAAGAUAUAAGAAGUCCUUUCAGUAUUAGCUAUAGGUGCUACCUACCUCUAGGGUACAUGGCCCUGUUUGCCCUAAGCAGUAUAUAAUUAGCUUUUAGAACUCUGGGUCCAAAGAACUCCUUCAUGACACUGGCCAUCUCAGUCACAGUUGUGAAGUAGAUUUCACCUUGUAACCAACCACUCCUAUAUUUAGAUUCCUAAGUGUCCAUACGCAUCUUUUGUGGUAUAAUAUAUAAAGGCAACAGGGAUUCCCCUUACCCUUCGGGCAAUACUACUGUCAGAACUGCAAGAUGUGAAUGAAGCUCUUACAGCUUGGAGUGUCUUUCUGGAAGAAAUUUCUUCUCUACUUAACAAAAUAAUAGUUAUAGCCUUUUUUUUUUCAUAUUGACGAGUAGAAAAUCACCCACCCAAUUUAAAGCAUAGAAGAAAAUAGAUAUUGAGGUUAUUAAAUAACCAUUCCUACUCUCCAUGUUCCCUUAGAUACUCCUAUAAUACUUAAUGUGAAUAAUUUGUUAAUAUUGCUGUAAAGUAUUAUAUUGUAUGAUUUGAAGACAGACUACAUGUCAUUUUAUUAUGCUCUGUUAAUCUAUAAUAUAUUAGACUGAUGCUUUAUCUAAAAUGCUUUGAGUUUGUAUAAUAUAUCUUGACAAAUUUUACUACCAUAUGUUAUGUAAUAAAUGUGUAUUUUUGUACUUGCAGAAACUGCUGCUAACUUUUAAAGUUGUUUGGUUUUCAAAGCACUGAUAAUGGAUAUGUAUGAACUCCAUGCUGUCUAUUAAAUAAAAUACCAUUCUCCAGAGUUAACAAUCUCA